AAGGUGGUGCCCCUGGACAUGGCCAAGGACUCCUUCGAUGACCAGUACCGGGGCUGCGGCCCUGCCAUGAUCGCAGAGUUGCCGCACCUCUACAGCUUUGAGCACGUGAUGAAUUAUGUCUUUGCCAAUGGCUGGUAUCAUGCUGAUGCUGAGUGGAAAAAACGGGGCUCUCCUGUGUCUCCUCUGGCGACUCCAUGGCAUGGCAUCGUCCUCAUGGCCUACACAUCCCAGGACGUGUACAAGGAGUUCAACGCGGCCAUGCGCAUGGCCGGGCGCUCCCUCCAGGAAUACCGGAACAGCUUCCAUUUCAAAACGCUGCAUUUCCUGCUGACCCAGGCAGUGGUGACACUGAGGCACGCUCAGAAAGCAAAGUGUCACCACGUGUUCCGGGGCGUGCGUGACAUUCGUUUCCAGGCGCAGAAAGGCCGGAAGGUCCGGUUUGGUCAAUUUGCUUCGGCAUCGCCACAUAAAGAGGUUGCUCUGCACUUUGGCACAGACACAAUUUUUGAGGUGUACACAUGCCAUGGCGUGAACAUCCAGAAGUUCUCCAUGUAUCCAGGGGAGGAGGAGGUGCUGAUCCCUCCAUUCGAGACCUUCGAGGUCACCAAAGUCAUCCGGAAUGGGAAGAGGUCACGGAUCUGGCUGCGCUCUGCCGGGACCUUCAGCAAAUACAACUGCGAGGGCACUGAGGUGGCAGUGUCCCCAAGCAACCUUGACAUCUCCAAGGAUUCCUGA